AUGGCAGAUAGCUUGCGGACUGCGACCUGCUCCAUCGAAACUCAGCUCUUAAGUGCCAGACCAUUGUCACAGAAGGAAAUUUAUGUGCCAGAAAGGUGCAGCUUGCGUGCAAUGAAAUUGCAAUGCGCCACGGGCUUACAGUCUCUUUCUGCUUUUUUGCCAGUGCGAAACAGGUUUUCGUCCUUCUAUACCUUCCGUGUCAAUCUCCGGCAGGAGGGUCACGUGGGGGCAGGUGGAUUCAGAUUCAAGAGCAUAGUCGCAUUCGGCUCCGCAGGCAGAAAUUGCGGAUCCAAAGUCGAUAUUCAACGUCUGCAACUUUGGGCGCUGCAGGUGUGGGGUCUCAGCUUGGGGUCAGCCCCGGAACGCUUGCAGGCUCAGCCCGGAGUGUGGACAGUACAUGAGACUGAAGGCUGCUCAGCGAUGAGGUCAGCCAAUUGCAGGAUGUGA